ACUAGCUCUCGUGCGCGGCGUCUGCUUGAAGUUUGUUUACUCGUUAAAUUGAGGUUAUUUCCACAUCUGUUGUAAUUUCCAGUCAAAAUGUCGAGUGAGCUGGAAGGAUUUGAGAUGAUGAAGCAAGGUGCAGAGGGCCGACUGUUCAGAGGCGCCUAUUUAGGAAAACCAACGGUUGUCAAGGAGAGGUUCAAGAAGAUGUAUCGACAUCCAGACCUUGAUGAACACCUGACCAAGGACCGAAUAAAAGCCGAAGCGAGGGCUAUUGUGAGAAGCAAGGCAGCUGGUGUUCGGACUCCAUGCUUGUAUCACGUUGACUUCAAUCAGAGACGGCUAUACAUGGAAGACAUAGUAGGUAGUGUAACGGUUAAGAAAUUCAUCAAAGACUCCCUCAUUGGCUGUUCCGAUGAAGAGGCAAUGGUUAAAAUUAAACCCGUUGCUUAUGAGAUAGGAUCAAUCAUUGGUAGGCUUCACGCUCACCAUAUCAUUCACGGAGACUUGACCACCUCAAACAUAUUAUAUUCUCUGUCUGAAAGUAGUAAAAUUGUUUUGACAUUAAUUGAUUUUGGAUUGAGCCACAUUGAUAAUAGUGCGGAAGACAAAGGAGUUGAUCUGUAUGUCCUAGAAAGAGCUUUGUUAAGCACCCACUCUAAUGCUGACAAAAUGUUUCCAAUUAUUUUGCAAGCAUACAAAAAAGCUAACAGUCAGGAAUCCAAAACAAUUCUUGCCAAAUUUGAAGAGGUAAGGGCUCGUGGCAGGAAACGAACAAUGGUAGGCUAAUUUCAUUUGUGUUAGGUAUGAAAUUGCGUUUCACUAUUCUAUAAAAGAAUAACUUGUUUGUUAAUCACCAAUCCUUAUAAACUGUACUUUUUAAAUAAUAAGCAAAAUUGUAA